CAGACUUCGCUGAACACAAAUAUGAGUGUUUUAAAACAGUAAAAUAAAAAAAUUUAGAAAACAAAUAUAAACGCUAUAAACUUUGGCCAGGGUUUGUGACAAAGUGGCUACUCUAAAAGAAGGCCAUAUGGCCUCAAAGGCAACAUAAGCAAUCUAGCAUAUUUUAAUGUGCAAUAACAGAAAUGGGCAAGUUUUAUGUUUUGACCUUGUAACUUUCCAAAACACCAUAUAACCUGGACAUGAGGGGUACCAUUGUACUUGUGAGAUAUUGCUGAACACAAAUAUGAGUGUUUUUGAGUAGUAAAGCAUUUAAUGCUGAUGAUAUAAGCAAUGAAAGUGCAUUUUAUUUGUGAAAAAUGCAAAAAAACUAAAGAAAAACGUGACCUGAGUUUGUGACUAAAUAGAUACUAAGAAAAGAAUGGGCAUACCCCAUUUCCAAUACCCUGGGUUGUCUACUUUUCCAAAAUUGUAUGCCAUUAUGGCGGUAAUUUUGAUUCCUGGGCUGCCAUACUGUCUCAAGGCAACAUAACCAAUUUGGCAAAUUUCAAUGUGUAAAAAGUGGAAAUAUUUGACCCUAUAACUUUCCAAAAAGUAUCCAUAAACACCCUGUACAUGCGGGGUAGUGUUGUACUUGUGAGACAUUGCUGAACACAAAUAUGUGCAUUUUAUCGCAGUAAAAGCUAAGCGUGUUAUGACAUUCACAGUUAAGAAAAUAGCUAAAUUCUUAAUUUGUCACACUUUAGCUUUUAUUUCUAUAAAAUUGUUUCAUAUCUAAAUAUUGAUGUGAAAUAAAAGCCAUGUUUCUCCUGAACAAAACUAUAUAUAAGUGUGGGUGCACUUAAUAUGAAAGAGGUGAAUUAGGUUUUUUUUUGUUUUGUUUUUUUAACCCAACCAUUAUCUGACAAAGGGAUGUAAGAUGAUAAAACUGGAUUUUGUUCUUUUAGGACUGAACUCCUAAAGCAAUGCUUAUGCUCCUGGCCUCUUAUGCAUUGAAGCAUGUCGCAAAACAAUGCAUUACUUGCCCCUUUCCACCCCCCUGGCAUUAACAUGGGUAAGUGAGCUUCCCUGAGUUUGACAAAGUAAUCUAGCUAUGUCUGGGAGGUGUGCUGUUCACCAUCUGUUAAUAUUGUACUGUGUUUUAAUGUUUUGGGACAUUUUAUACAGUGCUUGUGUGAUAAAUUACAUGAAACUUAGAAUUCUAAAGUUUUAAAAGCCAUGUUAACAUUGGCAAAAACAAUUUCUUUCUGGUGACUUUUUUGUUCUCAAGUUUGUUUAGUAAAUUAAAGGAGCACUAUAGGGUAAGGAACACAGACAUGUAUUCCUGACCCUAUAGUGAAAACCCACCAUUUAGGUGGCUUGCCUCCCACCUCCUGCACACCCUAUUAGCCCCCUCAGAAUGGGUUAAAACUCACCUUAUUUCCAGUUCUCCACGGGUCCGGAUUGGCUAAAAUCGGCAAGGGGGCAGGGCCAAAAUUCAGCGUGUCCAUGCAGAGCGUGGGGACGCUGAAUGGCAGGACUUCCUACUGUGCAGCCCUGAGCCAGGAAGCCCCUCCAGUGGCCAUCUAAGGAGUGGCCACUUGGAGGUGGGCAAUGUUAAAGGGACUCUCCAGUGCCAGGAAAACAAUCCGAUUUCCUGGCACUGCAGGUCCCCUGUCCCUCCCACCCCCCCAUCCCAGGUUGCUGAAGGGGGGGUGGUUCAGGGUCCGCCCACACUCCUCCCCCGCCGACGUCAUCCGGCGGGGGAGACCUAUUGCGCAUGCGCGGCCGUCGGCUGGGGAGACCUAAUGCGCAUUAGACAUCCCCACAGGAAAGCAUUGAAAGAUGCUUUCAAUGCUUUCGUAUGGGGAUUUCAGUGACGCUAGAGGUCCUCACAUAGCGUGAGGAAGUCCAGCGACGCUAUAGCACAAAAUCUGCCACUAGAGGCGGAGUUAACCCUUCAAGGUAAAUAUUGCAGUUUAUGAAAACUGCAAUAUUUACACUUGCAGGGUUAAGGGUAGUGGGAGUCGGCACCGAGACCACUCCAAUGGGCAGAAGUGGUCUGGGUGCCUGGAGUGUCCCUUUAACACUGCCUUUUCUCUGAAAAGGCAGUGUUUGCAUAAAAAAAGCUUGAAAAGAGCUAUUCUACUCACCAGAACGACAUCAAGCUGUAGUUGUUCUGGUGACUACAGUGUCCCUUUUAAUGUUGCGAAAUAAUGUGAUGUUGCAACUGGUGUAUUGCACAACACGUUUCAAAUGAUUUAUAAUGAUAAAUUCUGAUACUUCUGGUUUCCAGGCAGAAAGUUAGUAGAACAUGGCUCUUAUUAAAAAUGAGAGGCAUUUUCAGAGUGGUGCUUUUUAGUUUUGAAUUUAUAGAUUUGGAUGUAAAGCUGUUAAUCACAAAAUAGCAACACAACAAAUGCAUGCUCUUUUCUGAAUCCAUAGAAGAUCCUACUUUGUGUUUUAUAUUGAAUGUGGAUUUAAUGAUUUUCGCUUGAUUUUGAAGAUAUAAAGAUAUGCUUUCUUUCUUCAAUGUGAUAACUAUAAAAUACUUUACCUUGAUUUGUCAGUUUGAGAGGCACAUACAUUACAUUUGGUAGGGCAGUAUGUGAUAAGAGAGUUUUCUUUCUGGACUUUAUAGGCUUAGUCCAUGCACCACAUCUGCUUUGAUGAUUUGAAGUGGUCAUGGUGCCAGCAGUCUGUAUGUGCAGAGUUCUGGGCUCACUGUCAGCUUUGGUGAAUUUACAUUGCACAGAAUUUCAUUAAUUGGCUGAACCAGUUCACUCAAGCAGGAACAUAACACUGUGUGAAAGUUGUCAUAAUACAAGCCAUGCCAGCAACCAUCAACAUACUACACUUUCAGUCAAACGACAAGACUGAGCAGUCCAUAUUGCUGUCCCCAGAUAUAAAUUAAUGGGUGUGAGGACCCCAUAAUGCAGAAAAAGCAAUGAGUGCGAACAUGGGCAAAAGGAAACUAAGAAUGUGUAUUAGGAGGAGAGAAUACAGAAAGAAGAUGGAAACAAUAAUGAUCCUUCUGAGUUACAAGUCCCAGAGCUGGAAAGAUCCCACUCUGGAAGCUGCCUUGGUGUCAUGGUCAGACUGACCGAACCAAACAGGAUGUGAAGUGUUUGUGUUGCUUGACCUUUUAUGCAAAAUUAAUUUAUUGGGUUACAAUGGCAAAAUGUAAAAAACUAUUUAUUUAUUUUUCACCCCAACUGAAAUAGCUAGAAGCCAAAAAGCAAAAACUCAUUGUGGACUCACUUGUGAUCUUUGAUUUAUUGGUCCUUUUUAUCAGGGUGGAUUUGAUUUAAAGGAACGCUUCAGCCACAAUUACGGGGAGCUACUGAUUUAUAUCGUCAGCUGACUGCUCUAGCCUAUCAUCGGCACACCAGCCAGGUGGCUCAUCGCGCUUCAUGAUAGUCACUUACAAAAGCCGGAUGCUGAUGUAGGGAAUUGCAGAUCUGGCACUGGAGGCUGCAUUUGGGAUUAAACCUAUACGAGAUCAUAAGUUCAUGUUUAGUUUUAUACCUUUUCUAAUUAAAUGGUUACUUGAGGUACUAGGACAACUUCAGUGAUGGUAUCUGGAGUCUCUGUGUGCAGCAUUUUACUGUGAAAGGCUUCACUUAACAAGUUUAACUCCUUGGUUGCUGAAGGUGUAACUCCACCUCUGGCAGCGUCAUGGGGUGUCAUCAGCCAGCCUGUAACUAUAGUUCUGCGCUAACUAAUAACUGUUCUGUGCAAAAUCUUUUGCAAAGUGUGCCAUCCAUAUUCUGAUAGCAGUCAACUGAUGUUCUGAGCUAAUGAAUAGUAACUGGUUCUGCUUGUGGUUGUAAAACUCUACAGAAGCCAGGAGAGCAUCACCCGGCUAUUUCAGAAUACUCUUACCCUGGCAGAGACGCCGGUAAGAGGGCAAACUGUUAUGCAACAGUUAGUCCCAUUACUGUGAACCAGGCUCGGGUACUCCUGAUAUCAUAAUCAUUACAGCCGCCAAUAGUGGUUAUGAUGAUUGGAGUAACUGUUACUAAUUUUGCUAUAUACCAUUAGAAAUACAUAGAUAAGUAAUGAUGAAAUUAUUGUAAGAUGACUUAUCUCCAGUUUAAUAGUUAAAUCACUCAUUUUUUGGAGAACAACUUACCAAAAAUUAAUGGUGUUUAUUAUGUGUUUAUAGAUUUGCAGAAUAACAAUGUUUUGGGUCUUUUUCUUAAGUUUGUAUUCAUUUUUUUUAAAUAACUUUUUGCUAUGAAAAAGGUGCAUAUUUUCACUACAGUCACAAGUUCAAUUAACAUCAACCCCUCUUCUUGCUGAAUACUGGACUAUGUCUUUUCAAUAGAAAACUAUCUAUCUUUAGUUUGUUUUCCAUUGAAAGCGGUGUGUGUGUGUGUGUGUGUGUGUGUGUGUGUGUGUGUGUGUGUGUGUGUGUAUAUAUAUAUAUAUAUAUAUAUAUAUAUAUAUAUAUGUAUAUAUGUAUAUGUAUAUACACAUGCAAUUAAUUUUUUUUUAUUUAUUUGUUUUGAAUCUUCAAUUUUUCACAAUAUUUUUAUGGCGGUUAACUUGCAAUAAAUGUAUAGGUACUGCAGUUUUCUUAUUUAUUUAUGUGUGUUCAUUUCCAGCUAUAUUGGCAUGACAAUAUUUUUUUUGUUUGUUUUCAUACAUAAGAUUUUCAAGUUCAGUUGACCUAUGAAAUGGCCGAGAAUGGUACGGAUUGUGAGCAGCGGCGUGUUGGAAUGGCCAAAGAACAGCACAACGGAAAUUUUACAGGUAAACAAUCCCAUAGGUUAUUUAUUUUUUUUUUUUACUCUUUGUCUUAACAAUCAUGCAUGUGUGGGCAUUUUAUUCAAUGCACUUUAACCCCUUAAGGACACAUGACAUGUGUGACAUGUCAUGAUUCCCUUUUAUUCUAUAAGUUUGGUCCUUAAGGGGUUAAAUAUAAAGACCUAGAGUUAAAGGGACACUAUAGUCACAAAAAUAAUAUUUGGCUUAAAGGGACACUAUAUAGUCACCAGAACAACUACAGUUUAUUGUAGUUGUUCUGUUGAGUUUAGUCAGUCCCUGCAGGCUUUUUGCUGUAAACACUGUCUUUUGAGAGAAAAGGUAUUGUUUACAUUACUGCUUAGGGACACCUCCAGUGGCCACUCCUCACAGGUACUGCCACCAUAUUAAGAAAAAAAUAAUGUACGGUAAGUAAAAAUUUCUGUUUUCUCUUUCCUUUUGAAUUUUUAGAUCAGGUAGGCAGCCCAAAAAGUGGUUGCCUUACUCAUUCCAUAGCCCACCGAUCCAGCAGAGGGUCAGACGCUGCACGUUUUGCGUGCGCUUUUAUUUGUUUUAAGUCGCAAUGACGUCAUAACAGCAUGACUCUAUAUGCCGAACCUAUCGGUUUGCACGAACAAAGGCUCCUGAGUUCCUCGUUCGGCCAAACUCUGGUAUUUAGGCGUUUUAAAGUGAUGCUAACCAUUAGUAUUCGUUCCCUGGCUAUAUAAGCCAGGGCUUUUCAGUAGCAAGUUGCCCUGUUGUGGUUCUUCAUUUCCCAAGAGUGUGCUUUCCAUUGUUUGGAUUUACUAUUACUGACUUUGGCUUGUUUAAUUGUGUCUCUGCUUUCUGUGUUCCUGACCUUGGCUUGUCUUCACGUUUAUCUGUUCUCCCCUACGUUUGACCUUGGCUUUCUCUUUGAUUUCUCUUUACGUUAAAUCCGUAAUUUCUAAGGCCCGGUAAUACAUUAUUCCAUUCCUUCAAAUUUUCUAUAUCCGAUUCUACUAAUCUUAUUGUGAAGCAACAUAAUGUUUCUAUUUUGUUAAAAAACAAAAAACAAACCUGAGCAUUAGCAGUUGGUCCGUUGUUUGGACCCAAAAUACUAAUUGCUUCUUAUUGCAUCAUUUCCCAGUGUGUAGGAGAGAACAAUGCAUAAUUCCAUUAUUGUGGAUACAGCUCGUUUAAGAAAAUGUUCCUUUUCAAGAUCUGUGUAAUGUUUGCUCUUACAUUACAUAAUGAGUCUCUUUUUUAAUGAUUCAUUUAAUGAGAGAAUCAGUCAAAACCAAGACAAUGUGAAAUCUUCUAUUCCAUCAGAAGUAAAAAUCAGGCUCUAGGAGAAAAUACACCUAUAUUUGGUAGUCUAGAAUGAAUGGCCCAAUUUAAAAAAUUUUUUUUUUUUUGUAAGAUUUGUCAAUGUGCUAAUUAUUGCACCUAGAGCAUCAGCAGUUCUAAACAUAGUUCUCUUUAAGGCACACCCAUGGUGAAGGAUUUAGUUAUUUCUUGUGGAAAUACUUAAGCUUAAAUAAAUAUUGUUUUUAACCGGGCCUCUCUUUAUGUUGUUAUAUUAUGAAUUGUAUUAUUCUUUUUGCAGGAGAUUACAUUUUACCAACUCUAAAUUACGAAAGGAGGAAUUUUCUAAGCCCCAAAAAAACUACUUUAGCUUAAUGAAGCCGUUUUAGCAUGUAUAACAUGCCCCAUGCAGUGUCACUGCUAAAAUAAAUUCUAUUUAGAAGUUAAUUCACUAGCCUGACUCCAUGGGAAAAAAAGUUUAAUGUUCAAACUGGUCUUACAGCACAGUGUGUUUGUCUCCUCUGUGAAUUAAUAUGAAUCACAUACAGGAGGCUGCUGUAGGUUCCAGCAGGCAAUUAUCAGAGAACUUUAAAGGACCACUAUAGUGCCAGGAAAACAUACUUGUUUUUCCUGGCUCUAUAGGGCCUUUAGGUCCCACUCCCGCUGGGCUGAAUGGUGAGGAAGGGGUUAAACGCUUACUUUUCUCCAGCGUCUGGCUCACUGGGGCUGGGGACUCUCCUCCCUCUUCCGACGUCAUCCGCCGAAUGCGCGCGCUUUCAAUCAGUCCAUAGGAAAGCAUUUCUCAAUGCUUUCCUAUGGACGGCAACGACUUCCCACUGUGAAAAUCACAGUGAGAAGCACGGAAGCGCCUCUAGCGGCUGUCAAUGAGACAGCCACUAGAGGCUGGAUUAACCCUAUUGUAAACAUAGCAGUUUGUCUGAAACUGUUUACAGCUGCAGGGUUAACCCUAGAUGGAUUUGGCACCCAGACCACUUCAUUGAGCUGAAGUGGUCUGGGUGCCUAUAAUGGUCCUUUAAAUAAAAAAGUUUGAGUGAUACAAUUUUUUACAUUAGUUUCAAAGUAUGUUCUGUGGUGUAGACAUUAUCUAACUUAAAUGUACUAAUUUAAUUAACCUUUCAACGAAUAAAGACUGAGUUGUUCCUACUGAGAAACAAACUUGCAACCCUGUUGUUUGACCAGUAAGUAAAGAUAUUGCAGCUGGAGCACUAGCCAACAAAUCAAUCAAUUUUACUUAAACUUAAAAAAUUGAUUCCUGAUCAAGUAUUUUGUUUAAAUGCCCUGUCGGUCUAUCUAAAAUACAUGUGGGGAUUUUCAAACUAAGCAUAAGAUAAAGGUAAACAAACCUUUGGCCCAUAUGGCAUUUGGCCAAGGAUUCUUACGGAGCUUAGUUCUGUAGUAGCCAAACAACUAUUUUUAAUCCUCAGGGAUUGAGUUUCCUCAGGUUUAGCACCAUGCUAUUGCUGGCAUUAAACAUGUUUUGAGAAAUAGAGAGAAAUGUGAUCCAUGCAUUAUAUAAACCUUUAAAUAUUAUAUCAAGCUUGUCUAAGCUUUGGAAAAUGUUACAAAGAGAUAUUAUAUAGCAUAGUAAGAUUUCAUGAUUAUAAGAGGGAAAUGUUUGAUCUUUUUGAAGUAAAUUAUAGUUUUCAUGAAAGGGAAUUCAAGGUAAGGUAUUGUUUUGAAUUUUGUCAAUCCAUGUAAAAUAGUGAUCCAAUUUAUUAUAGUCUGUAAACGUUCAUUGAGUAAAGAAGAAAAACAAUAAAUACAAGCAAGUACAAUAGAAGGAUAAACCAACACAUACAUACAGAUAAUACAAUGUUCUAAACAAUGCAGUGUCUUAAUCCCAAUUAAAAUCCUUUUUGACCCCACCCGCCCACCUCUCAUGAGUACUAUCUGCCAGAGAUUUGGCAUAACAAAUAAGAGAAUAAGACUGAGUAAACAGAGAGCAGGAGCGAGCGAAAGGAAUAAAAAGGGUUGGGGGAAAAGGGGAGAAUAACCUCUGGCACUCCAUCCGCUCCUGUGAGUGUCUUCACGCAGUCUACAUUCGCAGUAGUUAGUCAGAGCUCAUUACUCAUUAGUUCGUAAUUAGAGAAAUCCAGGAAGGACAAAAUCUCCAGCCAAGUGAAGCACCCCCAUAUAUAGGCUUUCUGUUCCUUUGCCCUAACAACCGCAGCAACAGCAGUUUUUGCCAAAUUCUGCUUAGCUCAGGGCAUGACAAAUUUACUUGGACUCUAUGGGCCAGCUAAAAAAGUUAGAAACCGGAGGCGGAGCCUGACAACGGACCGUAGCGGACGCACUUUGCCGGAGCACCGGUGUAUUCCACUGCAAUCUGCCAACAUCGGGGAAAUCCUGCAUAAAUACCGGCCAAACAUCCAGCCACAGACAGCAGGGAACCCCACUGUGACCGCCGAUGCCAUUUUUUCCUGACGCCUGGCUCCAAAAAUAGACGCCGAGGCGGCAAGGACUACUGAGUGGGGGGGACAGCCUCAGCCCAUCACGAGAGAACACUGGCCCUGGAAUAUCCCAGACUUCGAGGACUGGUACCCCAGCACAGGUGAGAUGGGGUGCAGAACGCAAAAAACGCCCCAAAACACCCCAAAACAGCAACGCGACAUAGGCCAAAUGCUACAGGUCCCAAGCGCAGUAAAGGCACAGACCCCCCCUGCGAAACAACCCCGGUACCAUCAGAGGAGGGAGAUCCGCUAGACAGCCCACACCCCAGUCCUCAACACCCAACACACACACACAUGGACACCUGAAGCCAGCACACCGGCCUCAAAAUAAGAUAUACAGGCAAUACUGACAGGCCUGCAACUGAACCUGAGACAAAUGUGGGAAGCAGAUCUGGCAGUGCUUAAGCUAGAUAUGCACGCAGUGUCCACGCGCACUCAGGCGGUAGAAGAGAUGGUAAAGGGACUAAGGGAGAACUACCAGGAACUGGGGGAGAAGGUGCGACACCUCGAAGCCUCACAAGCGACGAUGUCCAGGCAAGUUAACCUUCUAGAUGACAGAGGGCACCGCAAAAAUAUAAAAAUCCGAGGGGUACCUGAGUCGCUGGAAGAAUUGCCACACUUCACUAGACGCCUUGUGGCCACACUCCUACCGACAAGACAAACCAAAACAUUUCAGUUCGAUAGGGUUUACAGGAUAGCCAAAUCCCCUCAAGCACCCGCCUCAGCUCCUCGGGACAUAAUAUUAAGAUGCCAAUCAAUGUCGGACAAAUUGGGGCUAAUGGCAGCUAUACAAGGGAAGACCCCUUUUGACUUUGAAGAAUGCAAACUCUCCUUCUUUCAGGACUUGAGCAGGGCCACACUAUUAUGGCGCAAAAGCAUGCACCCAAUUGCCUAUAGAUGGGCGACACCAGGAACUCUCUGGAUCACCAAGGACGACAAGCACUACAAGGCUACUGACCUCACGGAGUGCCCAGCACUGAUGACUGCACUAGGAAUAUCGAACCUUGCAGCAACCUCGAUGACACAGCCAGAUCAUCGGACAGGGACAACAAGCGCAGAUCCCACCGCAACCCCUGGAACAAGCAGGGGCCCAAAAACCAAAACCUGAACGAACUGCUUUUGCCGACAGCCUCCUAGGCUAUAAUUUAGUUUAAAUAUUUUGAGUUCAUAAGACUGUUCAUUAAAUUACAUAUAGAUCUCUCUUACUCUGAUGGCUAUUACAGAGCGAAAAAGGCCCACUGGAGCCAACCACACCAGCUCCAAUGACACCCCCCCUCCCUGGGGUUAAAGGGAACUGACAUCAGGGGCGACCUAGUAACCCUGACUUGUAUCAAGCUCACCGCAAUGUCUUAUAACCCUAGCCUAAAGCCCCACGGGCACAACUUGAUCCUGGCACACCACAGCGACUUCUAUAUACCUAGACACAAAAUCCAUAGUUGCCACACUGACCAGCAACCACGUGCAGCUACCACUAGGACAACAAGACACCUUUGGACGCCUGGUGCAAACAAAUAGCUACAGACAGGGACAAAAAAGGGAGCGGACCUAGUCCUAGAAGAGGUACCCAUAGAGGGAUCCCGCAAUCACCACAACCCACUCCCUGUCCACACGCAGAGGGGCCAAGAGACACAACAAACACCCAUAACUUUGAGACAUAUGACCGGGAAGUAAGAAUAGUCACCAGACUUAGCUGUAACUGCCCUCUCCCCUCCACCCACGACCUAACGAAACAAAGGGUGUCAUUGGCAGACAGAAGCCACUAUAACAAUGCGACCUAUCAUAACUACAAAAUGUGUGGGUAUUGAACAUAGAAAUGCCUUGUGCUUAACAUUCACUGAUUCUGAUUGAUGUGUAGAGGCUGUUGUAACCAAACAUAAGUGUCUGUUAUCUUUCCACACGAAAAAUAAAGAAUUAAAAAAAAAAAAAAGUUAGAAGCCAGUUUUUUUUUUGUUUGUUUUUUUUUUAAUUGAUUUUUAUUUGUUAUCUUUUAUAAGUUUCCUUAGACCACUUAUGGUAUAGAAGAGCCUCUGAUUGUAGAGAGGAGGGUCAUCAGUCAUGUGUUUCACUGCCUUCUAUAUUUUCCUUCAAUAGCCCUGGAUAACAGGACAAUGUCACCAUAUGUGAAGCAGAUUGUGCCCUUCAGCCCCAUAAUGUCCUUUGGUGGUCUUCAACUUACCCACAACCCAAGAAACUCUGAAUGUAAAGGUGGUGGUGUAGGGUUUCUCCUCUCUCCUCACUGCUCCUUUAAACCUCUACCCAACCCCCAUUCCCUCUCUUUCCCAUCAAUUGAAAUACAUUAAAUUUGCCAUUUCAAACCCUUCUCUGCUAACAUCGCUGUUAUUUAUCAUCCCCCUGGUUCCCCUCUUCUCUUUCUUGACCAUUUCUCUGCCUGGCUACCCUAUUUCCUCUCUUCUAAUAUUCCAUCCCUAAUUCUCGGGGACUUCAAUAUUCCCAUUAACCCACCUUUGACCUCUGCAGCCUCUAAACUACUUUCAAUUACUUCCUCCCACGGGCUAUCACAGUGGGCUAAUUCUCCCACCCAUGUAGCUGGCAAUACCCUUGAAAUUAUCUUCUCUUAUGCAUGUACAGUAUUUAAUAUCUGCAACACUCCAUUUCCUCUCUCUGAUCAUUACCUCUUAUCGUUUGCUCUCGUGUACACCCUCACCCAACAAUCUCAGCUGAACCCCCUUAAACUCAGGAAGGACCUUAAUUCUCGUGAGCUCCAGCAGCUGUCAGCUGAUAUUGAUUCACAGCUGCUAUCCAUCCCUUCCCUCUCCUAUCCUUCACUGGCCAUCUCCGCAUAGAACACUACCCUCACCUCUACCUUGAAUGCUGCAGCCCCGCUCCAAACAAGCACCUUGAGGAGGACCCACCCCCAACCGUGGCAUACUAAAUCAACACGCCUUUAAUUCAUCUUUGACACCUUUAAUUCUCUUCUUCGCCCUGCAGCGACCACCCACCAAACUAACCUUACUGCCAAUAGCUUUGCAUGUUACUUUACUGACAAGAUUGAACAGCUAAGGAAAGAAUUCUCCCCUCCUUGCCGUUCUUUCUCAACCACACAUAGAUCAUGCCUUCCCUACCCUUCAGACGUUCUCCCUGGCUACUGACCAAGAGGUGGCUGCUCUUCUCUUUUCCUCUCGCCCCACCACUUGCCCGCUCGAUCCUGUCCCUUCUCACCUUAUUAGAUAAAAAAAGAGGGGGUAAUAGGCGCUCACUAUAGUGUAUUGUAAAUAGGCAGCAGUAUACAGAACAAGGAUUCCCAAAACCUCGUGGAUAGAUAGAGAAGACAAAAAGAGGCGUAUACCGCGCCCAAUAGUUUAUAUAAAUACGAAAUGUACGUACAUAUAUUUCCAAUGGAUUAAACCUCGGAAUAAAAUCAGAUAAAAAAUAAUAGUGCAAUACAGUAAACUUAUAUCGUGAAGUGGUGAAUAUAGCUAUACAGAAUCAACUCACAUUUAUAUGAGCUAUAACAGAGCUCAACUGUGAUGUGCUUGCGUCUCAGGAUAUGUUGUUAUGGUUGACACAGGUAUUUCCAAAGUGCAGUAUGCGUAGUAUAUGUAAAAAGAAAAUAGCAUCCAAUGGUGAAGUAAGUACUUAUGAUGGAAUAAAUAAUGAAUCCCACCAGGGAUAUGCAGGAUCCAGGAAGCAGCAAAAAGAAUGAGUAUAAAAAGUAACUAAUAAAAGUAUACUUUAAUAUAAACAAACAGAAUAAAAAACCAUAAAAGGUAUGAACGAGAGUCCCACUUAACACGUUUCGCCUAAUAAGGCUUCUUCAGAAGUGUGGUAUAGCCUUCCCUGGGUUAUAUAUAUAAUAUACACAUAGUGUUCAAGUAGAGAUUGUAGCCGUAUUAGUCCAGUGAUGUAGAUGUAAAAAAAACAGAUCAAAUUCUUAUCUUGUAAUACCUUUUUUAUUGGACUAACAGAAUUUUUUAAUGGCAAGCUUUCGGGAGAACCUAAUGCUUCAGACUUGAGAAAGGGAGGUUCUCCCGAAAGCUUGUCAUUAAAAAAUUCUGUUAGUCCAAUAAAAAAGGUGUUACAAGAUAAGAAUGUUAUCUGUGUUUUUUAUAUAUAUAUAUAUAUAUAUAUAUAUAUGUAUAUAUAUAUAUAUAUAUAUAUAUAUAUUUAUAUAUAUAUAUAUAUAUAUAUACUUCUAAAUUCGUAAAUUACUUCCUGAUGUCUCUUCCUGGUUCCAGUUGGAACGCACGCGUCAUACCGGAAAUGACUCAGCGUCAUAUGACAGUUCGUGUAUUAUUAUUGCGCUACUGUGGAACGCAUGCAUCGCUCAAAAACAGUGUGCGUCGCGUUUCAGGCGCAUCCAUCAAAUGUCCAAACAGCUCCCACGAAGGAGGGGCAUAAGAAGUAGGCGUGUCAUAUCUCCAUGCUUAUAAUGAUGGCUUAGCGGCCAUAUUCGUUAUGGGCAUAAAAAGAAAUAAAAUGAGUAGAAUCACUAAGUAUUAGUAUUAAUAUUGUACAAUAUAUUAUAAUGAUACUGAUAUAGAUCAAUGAAAUAUUCAAGAUGACUAUUUCUGGUGUUCUAAAACUAUAUACAAAUAUAAGAAAUAAAAUAAGAAAUUUAAAAAAAAGAUUAAAAAUAACCCCAGCAAGCAAUGAAUAAUAAAUUUCAUUCACAUAUAAACUCAUAACAGAGCAUAAAGAAACCACUUAAGACACCUACUGGCAUUUUCAAUUUAUCUGACAAAAGUUCUAAAUACAACUGAGAUCAAUGUUUUAAAAUGAGGCUUAAAAUUUGCCCCGACUAAACUAUAUAAUCCUUUCCUAUAUAGACGUUAACAAAUUUGUAAGGAAUGCCACCUUAAAACGUUUCUAUAUUAAUAAAAAUAAUACCAAUACUAAUAAAAGUGCUAAUACAGGUAAUGAAAAUACAAAAGAAUAUAGAAGUAGUGAACUUAAAAACAAAUCCACUUUUUGUCCUGCCUAUUUUAAAUCCAGUGCUUUGGACAUAUUUGAAAAGAAAGUAUGUAAGGAUUUAAAAGUUUUAGACACUAAAAAAAUGGGAGACAGACCAAACAUGAAUAAAAAAGAAAAGCAAAUACUUAAAGAUCUAUAUAAUGAUGCCUCAAUAGUAAUCAAACCCGCCGACAAAGGUGGGGGUCUAGUUAUCCAAUCCAAAGAAAAAUAUGAAGUAGAAGAGACAUCAGGAAGUAAUUUACGAAUUUAGAAGCAUAUUAUAAAUAUUAAUUUUUUAAUGACAAGCUUUCGGGAGAACCUCCCUUUCUCAAGUCUGAAGCAUUAGGUUCUCCCGAAAGCUUGUCAUUAAAAAAUUCUGUUAGUCCAAUAAAAAAGGUAUUACAAGAUAAGAAUUUUAUCUGUUUUUUACAUCUAUAUCACUGGACUAAUACGGCUACAAUCUCUACAAAAAUCUAUGUGUGUGUAUGUAUGUGUAUAUACGGAACCCAGGGAAGGCUAUACCACACUUCUGAAGAAGCCUUAUUAGGCAAAACGCGUUAAGUGGGACUCUCGUUCAUACCUUUUAUGGUUUUUUAUUCUGUUUGUUUAUAUUAAAGUAUACUUUUAUUAGUUACUUUUUAUACUCAUUCUUUUUGCUGUUUCCUGGAUCCUGCAUAUCCCUGGUGGGAUUCAUUAUUUAUUUCAUCAUAAGUACUUACUUCACCAUUGGAUGCUAUUUCUUUUUACAUAUACUACGCAUACUGCACUUUGGAAAUACCUGUGUCAACCAUAACAACAUAUCCUGAGACGCAAGCACAUCACAGUUGAGCUCUGUUAUAGCUCAUAUAAAUGUGAGUUGAUUCUGUAUAGUUAUAUUCACCACGUCACGAUAUAAGUUUACUUUAUUGCACUAUUAUUUUUUAUCUGAUUUUAUUCCAUGGUUUAAUCCAUUGGAAAUACUUGGGAAUAUAUGUACGUACAUUUCGUAUUUAUAUAAACCAUUAGGUGCGGUAUACGCCUCUUUUUGUCUUCUCACCUUAUUAGAUCUCUCUCCACUUGUCUCGUGCCUUCCUUAAUGCAAAUCUUCAACUGCUCUCUCUCUUCUGGCAUUGUCCCUGCUGUCCUUAAACAUGCCACUGUUGUACCUAUCCUGAAAAAAACAUCUCUUCACCCGUUCUCCCCCUCUAACUAUCGUCCUUUAUCCCUGCUCCUUUUUCCUCAAAGCUUCUGGAAAGACUUGUCUUUACCCGUGUGUCUCAUUUCCUCAAUUCCAACUCUCUCCUUGACCCUCUUCAAUCUGGCUACUAUGUCCUCCCCUCUUUCAACGAUGUUUUCAUUGGAGGGUUUAAAUGCCUGUAGAGGCGCUUCUGACGAAGUAGCAGAGUAAAACUCUAUUUCAAUCAGAUGGUCCCAUACACACUGCAUUUUGAUACGCAUGCGCACUAGCCUCCAAAUGUUUCAUACCCAGCUUUCGGUCAUUUCCUUUAGGAGGAUUCUGUAACCUCUACUGAGCUAAGAAGGGCCCUGCCGGACCCUGUUUGCUGAGAACUCUCUAUGUGUAUGACUGUAUCAGCUUUGCUUAGCUCCAUUAAGCAGCUUACUUCUCCUGCAGGAGUAGAUUUGGUGUGGCGCGGGGACCAGGAGACCCUAGUGAGUUGUCAAACAGUUCCAAAACACUUUUAUGAAUUACAGUGGGAUGGUGCCAGGGUAGUACUUUUAUUCUUUGUAUACAUGAUUGGUCAGAUUGUUUGUUUUAUGUUAUAUAUUAUAGAGCUCUUUUAAAAUAUAUUUACCACUUAUUUAUUUAUACAAAUAUAGCAUUUUUGUUUAAAUGUACUAAAUUGAUUUUAAUUGAAAAUACUUUCUUCUUUAUGUAUUUCUCCCCAGAUCCCUCUUUCCUGAGUGAAAAGAAAAGACGGGAUCGUGAAGAAAGGCAGAGUAUUGUUCUCUGGAGAAAGCCACUAAUUACCUUGCAGUAUUUUUUCAUGGAAACACUUAUAAAUUUGAAGGAAUGGAGCUUAAAGUAAAUAUUCUUUAAAUUUUCUUAGACUGUUUUGCACAUUUAUAUACCUUAAAAAUAAAGUGAAAAGGGAACUGAAAUGUGAUAUGUAACCACGAACUAUAAAAUAAAAAAAACUUACAAAGUUCUAAUUAAACCAUCAAACUGCAGAAUUAAUGGGAAUGAGAUGCACUCUUCAGUCUUUUUAAAGCAAAAUAAUCGUCUUUAAUCCAUCAAAGGUUUACAAGUUUACAACCUUUGAUGGAUUAAGGAUUAUUACCAUAUAUACUCAAGUAUAAAUCUAGUUUUUCAGCACAUUAUUUGUGCUGAAAAACCUCCACUCAACUUAUACUCGAGUCAGUUUCUGUAUUAUGGCAACUUACAUUGCCAUAAUACAGACCAGGACCGCCGGGCUCAUUACAAGCACGGCGGUCCUGUUGGGGGCUGGCAGAUAGCUGUUACUUACCUUCCUGCAGCUCCUGUCAGCUCCCUUCUACUCCACUGUAAGUCUCACGGUGUGACUAACACAGAGUGUGUGUUUGUAUGAGUGUGUCCGUAUAUAAUGCAGAGUGUGUGUUUGUAUGAGUGUGUGUGUGUAUAAUGCAGAUUGUUUGUAUGAGUGUGUGUGUAUAAUGUAAGUGUGUGUGUGUGUGUGUGUGUGUGUGUAUAUAUAAUGCAGUGUGUUUUUGUAUGAGUGUGUGUAUAAUGCAGAGUGUGUAUGAGUGUGUGUGUGUAUAAUGCAGAGUGUCUGUUUGUAUAAGUGUGCGUGUGUAUAUAAUGCAGUGUGUGUGUUUGCAUGAGUGCGUGUGUAUAUAAUUAUAAAAAUCACAGAAUUUCAUAGCCCCAAGUUUUACCCUCAACUUAUCCACGAGGCAUAGCAUAUUUCACAAUUGUUGGUCACAAAACUGCACUCGACUUAUACAUGAGAUCGACUUAUACACGAGUAUAUACGGUACUUUGCUUUAAAAAGACUGAAGAGUGCAUCUUUUUUCUACAUACAGUUGCAAGAAAAAGUAUGUGAACCCUUUGGAAUGAUAUGGAUUUCUGCACAAAUUGGUCAUAAAAUGUGAUCUGAUCAUCAUCUAAGUCACAACAAUAGACAAUUACAGUCUGCUUAAACUAAUAACACACGAAUGAAAUGUUGCCAUGUUUUUAUUGAAUACACCAUGUAAACAUUCACAGUGCAGGUGGAAAAAGUAUGUGAACCCUUGGAUUUAAUAACUGGUUGAACCUCCUUUGGCAGCAAUAACUUCAACCAAACGUUUCCUGUAGUUGCAGAUCAGACGUGCACAACGGUCAGGAGUAAUUCUUGACCAUUCCUCUUUACAGAACUGUUUCAGUUCAGCAAUAUUCUUGGGAUGUCUGGUGUGAAUCGCUUUCUUGAGGUCAUGCCACAGCAUCUCAAUCUGGUUGAGGUCAGGACUCUGACUGGGCCACUUCAGAAGGCGUAUUUUCUUCUGUUUAAGCCAUUCUGUUGUUGAUUUACUUCUAUGCUUUGGGUCAUUGUCCUGUUGCAACACCCAUCUUUUGUUGAGCUUCAGCUGGUAGACAGAUGGCCUUAAGUUCUCCUGCAAAAUGUCUUGAUAAACUUGGGAAUUCAUUUUUCCUUCGAUGAUAGCAAUCCGUCCAGGCCCUGACGCAGCAAAGCAGCCCAAAACCAUGAUGCUCCCACCACCAUACUGCACAGUUGGGAUGAGGUUUUGAUGUUGGUUUGCUGUGCCUUUUUUCGCCACACAUUGUGUUGUGUGUUUCUUCCAAACAACUCAACUUUGGUUUCAUCUGUCCACAGAAUAUUUUGCCAGUACUGCUGUGGAACAUCCAGGUGCUCUUGUGCAAACUGUAAACGUGCAGCAAUGUUUUGUUUGGAGAGCAGUGGCUUCCUCUGUGGUAUCCUCCCACGAUAUCCAUUCUUGUUUAGUGUUUUACUUAUUGUAGAUUCGCUAACAGGGAUGUUCGCAUUUGCCAGUGACUUUUGUAAGUCUUUAGCUGACACUCUAGGAUUCUUCUUCACCUCAUUGAGCAGUCUGCGCUGUGCUCUUGCAGUCAUCUUUACAGGACGGCCACUCCUAGGGAGAGUAGCAGCAGUGCUGAACUUUCUCCAUUUAUAGACAUUUUGUCUUACAGUGGACUGAUGAACAGCAAGGCUUUUGGAGAUACUUUUAUAACCCUUUUCAGCUUUAUGCAAGUCAACAGUUCUUAAUCGUAGGUCUUCUGAGAGCUCUUUUGUGCAAGGCAUGAUUCACAUCAGGCAAUGCUUGUUGUGAAAAGCAAACCCAGAACUGGUGUGUGUUUUUUAUAGGGCAGGACAGCUGUAACCAACACCUCCAAUCUCAUCUCAUUGAUUGGACUCCAGUUAGCUGACAUCUCACUGCAAUUAGCUCUUGGAGAUGUCAUUAGUCUAGGGGUUCACAUACUGUUUCUACCUGCACUGUGAAUGUUUACAUGGUGUGUUCAAUAAAAACAUGGCAACAUUUCAUUCUUUGUGUGUUAUUAGUUUAAGCAGACUGUGAUUGUCUAUUGUUGUGACUUAGAUGAUGAUAAGAUCACAUUUUAUGACCAAUUUGUGCAGAAAUCCAUAUCAUUCCAAAGGGUUCACAUACUUUUUCUUGCAACUGUAAUUACUUAUCAGCGUGUGAUUGCACCAGGUUGCAUCGAGAAGUGCUCCAGCUUGGAACGCAAAUCUGACACUUCCGGCUUUCCGACACCUCACAAAUAUAAAUAUAGUUUACUACGUAUAGAUUAGCAAAUAUAGUAGAAAUCCUGCAAAGUUAAAAUUCUCCUUUAGUACUACUGAAUUAAAAUAAUACAGCAAAUUUUGUACAGGUGUUUUUGUUUCUCCCAAAUAAUUAAAUUAAAGCGAAAAAAAACUGAGAGAGGUAAUACAGAGGGCAACCACAACGAUUACAUAAACUGUGUAGAUGGCUCAGUUAAUUAAUACAAUGAAUGUGGAACAUCUUCAGACCAUAGUCACAUGUUCGAUUCCGUACAGACUCCACUCAGCCUUUUAUUUUUCCACGUUGCUUUUUGUUGGGUAAUAUUUGUUUAGCAGCUGCCUGUUUGAUCAAGUCUGAGAGUAAGUCCUAAUUGCUCUGUCUCCUCUGGGAAGAAAGCACUAUGUAAGUAGUUUGUUAUUGUGGCAUGCUUUUAUUUACCUGCUGGUUUACAUCUGAAACUCGUUCAUGUAGUUUAGCAUGAUAAUGUUACUGUAAGUGAACAUGUACUCCCAUCAUGAUUUAUAUUUCCUUAUGAUCAUGUUGUUUUUUUUAAAGUGUACCUGCAAUGUAAAAAUCAACUAAUCUUCAAUCCCCCCGUAUGUAUGUGUGUGUGUGUGUGUGUGUGCUCACAUUCACACACCACACCCUCUUCUCCCAUUCUCAUCAGGUUUACCCCUUUCACCUUACUUCAUAUAUAUCCUCAUAUUUUUACUACUCUUUCAACCUAACCAUUUGUUUUCUAAUAUAUAUAGAUGAUAUGUCAUAUAUCACAAGGAAACAUCAUGUAUUUAAUGUAAAAUAUUGAGAUAUACUCACUUUAUCUGAGUCCCAGUACCACCAUCUUUAGAGUUUUGUGAGUUUUACUCUUUGUGUAACACCCACCUCCAGUCUAUGCUCCUGCGUUCCUCACGUCUUCUGUGAUUUGCUUCUCUUGGAGAUACUUUUCCAAAAAAGGCAAGGUGAAGGUGAUAGGCUGGAAUUGUUGCAAGCAUGCUGGCAUCUGAAUGGAGUGCGGUUUCUCACUUUGUUCCUCCCUAGCAAGUGCUAGCACUGUCGGAUAUGGAAUUUCCAUAUCAACAACUGCGCAUGUACUGUGGUUGCUAUGCUUAAGAGAGCAGAAGGACUGCCUCUGAGAUGUAGUCUUUGCUCUCCAUUGUCACGCAAAUCAUUAGCGUACAGUAUAUGCCAAAGAUUUGAGUGAGAAGCAGAAGAAAUGCCUAUCUUUAAAUGGUUUUAUCUCAAUCUAUACAUUUGCUAGCAUAUCUGUUGGCAUAAUGUAUAAUUAAAAUGUCAUGCUCUUUUACAAGAGCUUGAGUAGUUUAAGGGGUAACGGGUAUCCAUGCAAAUUGUUAAUCUGUGAAAGAUUUCUUGUGUGCAGAUUUUGACUAGUUCUAAAUAUGGGCAUGCUUUGCAGUGUUGCUAUGUGUUGAACAGGUGAGGGCAGUCUUCGGCUCUGCAGUUGUUGUGGACUUCAUCUUUCUGAUGCUUUGCCAGCAUUAUGGCCGAAAAAAGCAUUAUGGGAAAUAUAAUCCACAAAAGCUAGAGUGCCAAAGGUUGCUUAGCCUUGAUAAAGAAUGUUACAUUAGAUCUCACAAUUAAAUAUAUGUUGGCAUUGUGUAUAGAUUGAUAUGUGUAUUAUACAUAUUGAUACCAGAAAAUAGGGUGAUAUAAAAUAUGUACUUUUUAUUUUCUGCUUUAGAAUUCUAUAUUUCUACAGUGUGCAAACGUCUACUUAGAACAUUUGCUAAUUUCUUCCAAAUAAACCCAGUAAUAACUGAAGUCAAUCACUAACCCAACUUACUACUCCAUUUAUCACCUACUAAUUACUUUACUCCUCUCUGUGUCUAAGUCUCCAGUGUUUCCUGGAGCAAACUCCCUUAUCACAUACAAUUGUUUAUUAUAUAUUUUAUAUAUAUAUAUAUAUAUAUAUAUAUAUAUAUAUAUAUAUAUAUAUAUAUAUUAUCUUUUAACAAUUUCAUGAAAACUCACAUUUUCAUUAACCUCUUUACUCCACCUAUAUAUUUUUGUUUUCUUCUCUACUUCAUUUGGCUACUCCAAUGAAGUGGUCCUGGUUCAGUACCCUUUCCCACUUAAUCCUGCAAUGUAAAACAUUGCAUUUUUUUUGAGAAACUGCAAUGUUUACAUUAACUUAUUCUCUAGUGGCUGUCUUACUGACAGCCACUAGAGGUGCUUCAGCAGCACAGACUGUGUAAAAUUCAGUAAUAUGACGCCAAAGCCCCAUGGGAAAGAACUGAAUUAAUGCUUUCCUAUGGGGAAUUUAAUUUUUAUCAUAGUUCUACUGUUGGACGUUCACAUCUGCAGGGUAGGAGGAGUCGGCAGCGCCGGGAUUGGGGCAGAGCUAGAAAGCAGUUGGGAGGACACAUUAGGUUAUUGUUCUGUAUUCCUCACAUUCCUCCUGAGUUCUACCCAGCAGUUUAUUAUAUUGAAGCCUGGACUUUGCUUUCUGAAAUUGUUCAAGCUAUUUGUAGAACAGUUGAUGGGAGUAUGUUCCUAGAAACUGGUGAUUAAUGUGCCACAAAUUACGAGGCAAUAAUUGAUUUUAUUAUUAUUUCUCACUGAAUGUUAUCAGCCUGAUGUAAUAGUGCACGAAGAUCGGGGAGACAAAAAAAAAAAAAACUUGGUCUCAUGGCAAUAUUAGUGCUAAUUGACCCAAUUUAUUGUCCACAAGCCAACCAAUCUGGGUGCAGAGAUGUCAGAAAUGUAUAUGAAGCAUCUGCCUCUUCUAUUUUGCUUAAUGUGAUGCACUCCAGACACAAAUACACAUCAAUACUUUAAAGAAAAAAGUAUAACAGCAUUUUAGUUGCAUAUUUUAAAUCGUAGUGCAGUGUCAAACCGGUUUAAAACAGUUAUAUCAAACUUUUGACUGUGAUUUUAUUUUGUGUUUUAAGAUAUUAACUAUGGUUUUAUUUAAUUUCUCCCUCCUAGACUAUGGCACCGUCGUGGGAUGGUGACGUCCUUAUUGCUCAUGCUUGGAGUUCUUACAGUAGCGUAUUAUAUUGAAGGAGCACAUCAACAGGUGAGUCUUGUGUAUUCCGUCUCUUCUACUUUCUGUAACGUACAUUUCUGCUCAUGGUAGACAACCUUCUGAUUUUCCUAUCUGCUCACAUUCACACACCACACCCUCUUCUCCCAUUCUCAUCAGGUUUACCCCUUUCACCUUACUCCAUAUAUAUCCUCAUAUUUUUACUACUCUUUCAACCUAACCAUUUGUCCUCAUACAGUUUUCUAAUUUUCCUCCUACAUCAAUGAAUUCUUUUUUUUAUCUGCUUUCUCAAUUAUGCUUUUUCUUAUAUUUUACUUGUUUGUUUUUUCAUUUCCUUACAUAGUUUCUCCUUCUGUUCUCUCUAUAUAUUCAGUUUCCUAUUUGGUGGUUUCACAUUUAUUUAAACAGAAUUCUGGCUGGAUAUCUGCACAGCGACAGUAUGCAGAAGAAUGGGUUUACAAAUCUACCCUUUAAGUGUAUGCUACAACAAACAUUCCUAUUAAGUACUGCAGCUAAUGGGACGCUCUGGGCCCCUUAAGCACUUUAGCUUGCUGAAAAGCUUUAUGUGUGAACAGUGUUUUCAUUUAUUUAUUUCAUUUUGCAAAAAGCGCAGAUUUCAGUAGAAAUUUACACUUGUAUAAAUUAUACUGGUUACACCCCCUGGCUUUUCAAGCAGACAGCGGGUCCUGUUACUUCCUGGUUUGGCUUGCUUAGUUGCACUGAACUGAAGAUGCAGCAUUUGUCCAGAGCACCUGCCUUGCAACGACUUCUAAUUGAGCUGCAUUGGGAAGUCUGUGACUGGACAGUCACAUAAAGACUGGGCGGGGUUAGAAGGGAGGGAGGGCUUGCAAAGACUGCAGACAAGAUAUGCAGUUUUUGCAAACUGUUUUUAGAUAUAACUCCAAUGCAAAAAUGCAUAAUUAAAUGCAUGCAAGUUUUCAUCUGGGUUACCUCUAGUGAUAAAUUUACAAUUUAUUUUGUAUUCGGGGACCAGAGUGUCCCUUUAACAGGGUACCCCCUUUUUCUUACUUUUUGAAAGUGCUGAUUGCAUUGUAUUUGCCAGUAGAUAAUCACGAGUGAUUAUUUCAGUGCAGCAAAGCUGGAUUAGAAGUAGUAUAUUUUUAGGCGAGCAAGCGGCCCUACAUGUGAUUAUUGUUUAACACUGGGGAGUUCAAUUAAUUUAUGACACUUAAAUGUAUUCGAGCAAAACUCAGUCACAUCUUUCACAAACUCUUUAACAAUUUGUACUUCAGACAGAGAGAUUAUGUAAAGGGAAACUGUAGCAACAGAACCUCUACAUAUAAAUAGCAGAGUCUAUUGGUUUAGGAGUUAAAUCGCUUUUAUUUCUGUUUAUGCACCCCUAGCAACACCUACCCUGGCUGUGACUGACACAGCCUGCAUGAAAACGAAAUGGUUUCUUUUUAAAUCAUAUGUAACUUACUUUAAAAGUUUUUAUCUUUUGCUCUGUAAAUUUAACUUGAUAAUACUUGAUCACACACAGGAGGCUCCUACAGGAUCUAGGAAGCUAUUGACAGCAGGAGAUAAGAGAUUCUAAAUUAAACAGAAUUUAUAAGUGAAGUAUAAACCUUUGACUCUUAAAAGGAAGUGUUUGUGAAGGCUGUGUAAAUCACAUGCAGAGAGGUGUGACUAGAUCUGCAUAACCGCAGUGAUUUAACUCCUGAUCAAUACACCAACACUGCUUUAUUUUCUUUAUUUUAAAUUUUGUAAAACCACUCAUCUGUCAAUGGUUCCUGCUUGUUCAUUAUAUUCUAGCAACAUGUGGUCUAUUCUGAUUUAUGACUUUUUCAACUAAUUGUGAUUUACUUUACUCCUUUUCAGUAUGUGCAGCAUGUCGAGAAGAAAUUUUUAUGGUGUGCCUACUGGGUAGGCUUAGGAAUACUUUCCUCAGUUGGACUUGGAACAGGUCUUCAUACCUUUCUACUAUAUUUGGUAAGCUUGUUAUAUUUUUUGGGGGGGUGUGUGGGAAAGGUCCUUGACUAGGAAUUUGUUACAUCUUUCACAGUACUAUGAUAACAUGUAAACUGUAUUUUGUUUACUCUGCUAAAGAGAGCAAAAAAAUGCUUGCCUCUGAAAAAAGUCUUGUUACAGAGAGUUACCAAAAAAUCAUGUGCUUUUGACUAAUUUGCCAUAUGCUGAUAGGUUGAAUAAAUGAUCAAAUUAUCCUUUGGGCAGUUGUGUCCUAAUGGUGUCUGUUGUUACAUGACCCACUGACCUUACUUGGAAGUCACAUACUAUGCUUCAGGAUAGAGCAUUCACUAUUUAUAUUUUGAAGUAUCACUUUCAGAUGGUGGUAGUCUUAUUUUACACACCAGGAAAACCUACACAUCGAAGAGAGUAAACGUGUUAACAUACACUGUAAAGAUACCAAACUUUUGUUUUCCAUCUUAAUAUUAUAAAAAAAUUUUUUUAGAAAUAAGUUUACAUAAACAGUCAGGUGACAUUUGGGUCAUCUCACUAGUGCCAAGAAGAGCCAAUUUGUGCCUUCCUUAAACAGCUUGCAUUUUUCACAGGGUGGAUUUAAAAAGAUUCUUUGGGAAUUUUGAUCCACGCUGGUCAGAUUGAAAUUGGAGAAAUGGACAGUCCAUUUGUCUAAACUGAAGUCACUACCAUGUUUGUUGAAGUGUUAUGAGGUUGUGUUGCCUUCCAUCUGUCACCCUCUGGAACCGUUGGAUUAUACAGUCCUUGUUGUUCCAUGUGGAGCACUAAUCCUCAGAUGUGCAAAUAGUGUAACUGAUUCUAGCCAAUACUUACUGUAUUAUCAGUAUUCUAUAAUACAACAAUUUAGUCCUCCGUGCUUUUUAUUGUGCUUAUUAUUUUUUUUUUUAUUUUUGCUUUUUCUAAUUUACUUCCAAUAUACUGGUAAAUAAAAUCCCUUUUAUUAGCCGUUUCCCUUUACUGUAAUCAAAUGUUUUGUUUUUCCUUCAUAGCAAGGCAGGUAA